AUGGCACUCGACAACUACUACCGCAAUAAGAUAGAGAGCAUGAAGCUCGAGAUUAUUCAUGGACAAGCCGUUUUACGGAGGCUGGAAGCGCAGCGCAACGACUAUAAUUCGAGAGUGCGCCUACUCCGUGAGGAGCUCGGCUUGCUGCAACAGCCCGGUUCUUACGUUGGUGAGGUGGUGAAAGUGAUGAGCACUAAAAAGGUUCUAGUUAAAGUGCAUCCAGAAGGCAAAUAUGUUGUGGAUAUUGCAGACGGUGUUGAUAUCGGGAAGCUGACUGUUGGCAAGCGAGUUGCUUUGCUUUCGGAUUCCUAUAAGCUGGAAAAGAUGUUACCUUCGUCCGUGGACCCCCUUGUGUCGCUUAUGAUGGUUGAAAAGGUGCCCGAUAGCACCUACGACAUGAUUGGCGGCUUAGACCAACAAAUCAAGGAAAUUAAGGAAGUCAUUGAGCUUGGUCUAAAGCAUCCGGAGCUGUUCGAAUCUCUUGGUAUUGCACAACCUAAAGGGGUGCUUUUAUAUGGACCCCCAGGAACUGGCAAAACGCUACUUGCCCGUGCAGUCGCUCAUCAUACAGAUUGUCGGUUCAUUAGGGUGAGCGGGUCUGAGCUCGUGCAAAAAUAUAUCGGUGAAGGUAGUCGUAUGGUGCGCGAGUUGUUUGUGAUGGCUCGAGAGCACGCUCCAAGUAUCAUUUUCAUGGACGAGAUUGACAGUAUUGGAUCUAGCCGGAUAGACUCAGCAGGCUCCGGUGAUUCGGAGGUGCAGCGUACUAUGCUGGAGCUACUCAACCAGUUGGACGGCUUUGAACCUACCAAGAAUAUCAAAAUAAUUAUGGCUACAAACCGGCUUGAUAUCCUAGACCCAGCGUUGUUACGUCCAGGGCGAAUUGACAGGAAGAUUGAAUUUCCACCUCCAUCAGUUGAGGCUCGUGCGGAUAUUUUACGAAUCCACUCGAGGUCAAUGAACCUCACGCGAGGCAUCAAUCUAACGAAGAUUGCGGAGAAAAUGAAUGGCUGCUCUGGGGCAGAGUUGAAGGGUGUGUGCACCGAAGCGGGAAUGUAUGCUCUCCGGGAACGACGGGUUCAUGUUACGCAAGAGGAUUUCGACCUUGCAACUGCCAAAAUCCUCAACAAACAUGAUGACAAGGAGGUUGCUGUUUCCAAACUUUUCAAAUAG